AUGCUUCGAGCUCUUUUCCUGCAAGUGCUGCAUUGGAGCUUGCUACUCGUACCUGCUGUCGGGCAACUCGCAGCAGCGUGGAGUGUAACAUCCGGGCAAUGCACGCUUGAAGCCGAUGGGUGCAUCAGCUCCCCGAGCUACCCGCGCUCCUAUCCGGACGACAGCUCUUGCUCAAUUCACGUGCCUACGGGGAACACCGAUGCAAUUCAAGUGGUCAGCUUUCAGACGGAGAGUGGUUAUGACAAACUGCGGGUUAACGAUCUAGAUUACAGUGGCACUUCUGGGCCCUACGGCGUGGUGCCGCAGGGCACGAUCGGUUGGAGUUCCGACUCCUCGGUCAGUGGCUCUGGCUGGAAAAUCUGCCUGCAAGAGAUGCAGGUCGACGGGCCACUGGCCUGGCUGCUCGAAGGCCACUGCAGUGACGUGAUCGACGGGCGUUAUGAGCUGCAGGGCCACACUGCUAGCGGAAGGCCAUUCUACAAACAUUGGAGCGAGUCGAUGUACCUCUACUACGAUCCAGAUUGUGAUGCCAAUCCGGCCACAAGCGGUCUUUUGGGCGCCACGUGGAGGGUGGGUAUCACUGCUCCUUCUAUGUCGUUGGAACAGGAUUUGGACAAUGAUGGAGAGUGUCGAAGUGCGGCGUACGUGCAGAACAGCGCAAAGCUCCCCCCAGAGCGUGCCACGUGGCGACAAGUUUGCAGCGGCGCGUGGAAUGAUGGCUUGCUCACACUUUCACCAGCGUUGCUUCGCACGCCCCGAGUCCUAGAGCUCCGCACCAUAGGUUCGGUGAGUGUUGCAGCAUGCUGGCUUUUGCGUUGCCUUGUUCAGUCUCCAUCGCUGUGGGUGUCAAGAAGCUGCCGCUCUUCGCUCAGCGGCGUGUACGAGCUCCAGGGUUAUCUUCUCGGAAGACCUUGGUACAAGUACGAGAACAUCAUCACAUCCUCUGUGGUGUACCUCUGGUACGAUGACGACGAACAAUGCGGUGCAGCAUGGUACUUCAAAAGCACUGCCCCUCACGACGGUGCCGACUCCUGCAAGUUCUAUUCGAUCCUCGGAAGAGGUUCUCAGAGGCUUUCGGCUUUUCGGGACGUGCGCUUCGGAUUGAUCGUUGGGAAGGUUUUUGCGUAUAACGAAACCUACGAUCACAUCAAUGUUGAGUGGGUGCUUGAGAGGGCCGACAGCCCGGCGACCUUUCCGCCAGAUUCUGGUUGGCAAACGCUGUGCGCAGAUGCUGAGACGGAGGUCUCUGAAGACCAGGCGACCCGGCAAACCUUAGGUAAGCAUUACGGCAGCGGCAUGGUUUGUGUCAUCCGAAUCCGGGCUUG